AUGUUCUUCCUGCUUGCCUGCAUGCUGGCUGUCUUCCCAGUGGUCUCCAUGAAGAGUCCCAUAUUUGGCCCCCAGGAGGUGAGCAGAGUGGAAGGUGACUCAGUGUCCAUCCAGUGCUUUUACCCCCCUAGCUCCGUCAACCGGCACACCCGCAAGUACUGGUGCCGGCAAGGGGCCAGCGGCCACUGCACGACCCUCAUCUCUUCAGUGGGCUAUGUCUCCAAGGACUAUGUGGGCAGAGCCAACCUCACCAACUUCCCGGAGAGUGGCACAUUCGUGGUCAACAUUGCCCAGCUCACCCGGAAUGACUCCGGGCGCUACAAGUGUGGUCUGGGCAUCAAUACCCGAGGCCUGUCCUUUGAUGUAAGCCUGGAGGUCAGCCAGG